AGGGAGUUUAAAAGAAUCAGUCUGUGAGAUAGACACGCUUGUUGCAACUAAAUUUGUCAGUUGAAGUUUUCAGUAACUUCGAUUCUGGAUCCACAGCACCACCGAUAAUAAUGAUGUUCUGCAGAGCGACUUGGCAAAGGCUUGCGCCUCUGGCACGCAAAACACUAACUCCUUUCAGCAAUGCUGUAUUCCCUACGCGACAGAUGUCCUUUGGUCUACCGGCGUCCGGCACAAACAUAGCUUACGUGGUACUUGGUGGAAGCUCACUUACUGCAGCUCUUGUUUAUGCUUAUAAGACAAUAAAUUCUGACAGUGCAAGAUAUAAUGAAAGAAUUGCUCAACUCGAGGCCAGACCUAAAAGUGAGGAGGGAGCAGUGGCCUCGGUAGCCUCGGUAGCAGAAGCAGCUGCGGUUGUGGAAACCACAGCAGCUGAGGUGAUUAAUGCAGAGGCUGAACAGACCCCAGAACCUGUGGAGGCAGCAACUGCGAUUGUAGAAGCAGUAGCAGCUGAUGCACCUGUUGUUGAGGAUGUCACUGCUGAGGCUGCUGCUCCCAUUGCUGAAACAAUCGUUAUCCCAAUGUCUGACCUACUGAGCACUGUGAAAGUCCUGGCUGGAUCUACAGCAGAGAUUGCAGCUGCUUCAGUCGGUGAUCAGCACCUGGUGGCCGCAGUGAGAUUGGCUGAGGAAAACAAUUCUAUGGAGACCCUCAAUGGGCUGGAGGUUGCUGAUGUUAAAGCAGAGGUCCCAGCAGAAGUGCCUGAGGGAGCUGUGGUUGAGGAGGCCAUGAUAUGUAGAUUGAAUCUGAAAACAGAAGGAAAAGAACUGGAGGAACUGCCAUCAUCACGUCAUGCAGUAGAAGAAACUUGUGGCAAGGAGGCCCUUGUUACAGAGACGGAGAACAUUUUGGAAUUGGAAGACUCAACAAGCCCUGUGGUGAUGCUCUCAGAAGAUGACACUGUCUCUGGAGCUGCAGAGUUGACAUCAGAAACAGUCGAGGACAAGAAACUUGUUGUGGCAGAUGACCAUGUCAAGUCUGAGGCAGACAGCCCUGCUGUGCCUGAAGUUAAUGUUGAAAGCCUUGCUUCAUCAGAGGAGGCCCUUGUUACAGAGACGGAGAACAUUUUGGAAUUGGAAGACUCAACAAGCCCUGUGGUGAUGCUCUCAGAAGAUGACACUGUCUCUGGAGCUGCAGAGUUGACAUCAGAAACAGUCGAGGACGUAGGUCAGAAAAUGGAAGAAUGUAAAGCGUUGUGUCAUGAGCCAACUGCCACAGAAACAGAACAUGCAGAUCUCACAGCAUCAGCAGCAGACCUGGAGGACUCAUUACAGGCUACAGGUGCAACAGAGGCUGGAGAAGAAGUUAUUGUCGUGGAAAUGAUGCAGGAUGCUGUGGAGAAAGCUAAACCUGUUGAGGCAUCAGAUGAAGCUGUUGAAAGUGGAAAUGUUGCAAUGACCAUGACACAAGCCUGAAGUGAAUGCACCUGAGACACUGAAAACGAGUGAAACUAAAUAAUCUGAUGUAAUACAUACCGAAGUUAACAUAUAGUGGUGCUGUUACAGCCAUAAAAAAGACCUCUAAAUGACUUUUUGUUUCCAACUGAAUCGCAAAUUUGGUGAAUGACUAUGGUCUCCUUCAUUUUGUUAUUUCAUCUGAAAAUGAGUCCGUUGAAACUGUUUUGAGUUUAAUUUAUCUAAUUUUGUGUCUCUGGAAAAUAGUGAUCUGUGACACUGUAUUAUGUUGAAUAUCAAAGAUUUUGUGGGCACAUUCAUUUUGUUAGAUUGCUUUUUAUUUUAAAGUGAAAAGAUAAAAUUAGAAUUAGGGCAGAAGGUCCCAACUGGCAUGUUGUUGAUAGUGCUUAUUGUAAUUCAUUAGGUUAUUAUU